AUCACUGAUUGCACAUGACCUCAUCCACCACCGCCCAAGAUCCGUCAGUUCCUAAGCUGAUCCAAUACUUGACUUAUCUUUCUCAUUUGCUCACACUCAUGAUACUGCAGUCUUGAUCCCAGCGGAAGUUGCACAUGAGUCGUCGGAAUCCACAAAUAGCACCAGAGUUGCGGUGCCCCAUUCAGCCCGGAAUCUGCUCUCGUUCCAGUUUGACGACAACGACGUCUUCACAGGCGUAGAGGACGGUGUCACGAGCCACCAUUCAUUGCGCAGGCCGUUUGCUAUACUCUCGUGCAGAAACAUGGCGUCAGAGGACUCCCUGCCGGUCCUCAAGAUUCUCGUCAUAGGGCCCUCCGGAGCUGGAAAAUCUAGCCUGCUAUUACGGUACUGCGAUGACCAGUUCGACCCAGAAUCAUCCACUGCGACGAUAGGUAUCGACUUCAAGACCAAGAAGCUUGCCGUCCACGGCAAAGGAUACCGUCUCAAUAUAUUUGACACAGCCGGCCAGGAGCGUUACCGGACAUUGUCAACGAGCUACUACCGCGGAGCCCACGGGGUGAUAGUGGUCUACGACAUUUCAAACCGCAAAAGUUUCCUCAGUCUAGAUCGGUGGAUCGAGGAGGCACGAUCAAAUGCGUCGGAGAACGCGGUGAUUUACCUUGUUGGCACUAAGUUGGACAAGGUGGCUCCCGGCGGUACUCGUGCCGUGUCUUUGGAAGAGGCCAAGGCCUUCGCGGCAUCCCAGGAAGCCGGGUAUUGCGAGGUCAGCGCCAAGACCAGGACCAACAUCAAGCAGCCGUUCGUUGACGUGGUAGGCGAGAUUGUCCAGCGGCCACAGUUACUCUCAGGCGAGCUUGCCAAGAGGACUGCGUCAAGCCCACUGGAUCUCAAUGCUGGCGGUUCGCAAGCUAGUAGCUCGUACUGUUCUUGCUGAGAGUUGGGUUUCACGACGGCUGAACCUUUCUGGCCCAUUCGGGUCCUGGCGUGUAUAUUGAGUUGUUGUUAUACUAGAUACCCUCAGUGUGGCGGCGUGUGCGCUGUUCUUUUCUAUAUAGAUUUCUUGCUAUUAUACAGUCUAUCUCUAUGUGGUAUCCUGCAACAUGAUUCUAUUCUUGAGGCUUGAGGAACUCGAUGACAGCUGCGAAGUUUGGAGUGCGUCAGUGACAAAGCGGUGGGUAUACUCGACUACCGGUCACUAACCUUUGAGAAAUUCCUGGGGCUUUUCGGACGUAACCCAGUGG